AUGCUAACCAUUUACUUUCAUCAUGUCAACUACCGCAGUCUAGAUGAAUCGAGUAAGCUAUUGUUUGGUAUAGAACACAUGAUCCCAGACGUGAAACAAACAUAUUCUGCAUUGAAGGAACCCGCCACUUCCAUUGCAAAUAUGCUCAUUACGGAAGGUUUAAACCAAAAAACUGCCUUGUCCUUGAUAAACUUCUUUGCCCAGGACGUGUGGAGCUUGAUUGGAAACACCAACGCUUUUCGUGAAUCCUUUGAAUACAGAACUCAAAUGUCUCGAGUGUACUUGAACAGUGUCAAUGCAAUGAAUAAAGUAUUCGUAACCAAGGAUCAAGCCAUUUUGGAUCGUACUUUUGGCAUUUUUUUUCCAGACACAUCGGAAACAAAUUUACUGGAUCAAAUAACAGACAUUGAGAAAGGUACAAAAGUAUAUGUUGGGAUAUAUUCAAGAACAGGUUACGUCUUUGUCAUGAAUGCCUUGUCAAGAUUGAAUAGACAAGAAGAAGCUCAUCAAUUCCACAUCAUGUUGAAAGAAAUAGCCUAUAAAUUUCUUAUCUAUCUUCCAGAUAUUAAUGCAGUAUUCAAAUGGACUAGAUACAAGCGAAGUUUCUCUUUAUUGGAUGAACGUGUGCAUGGACAUCGUGAUGUUGCCAUCGAACUGGAGGUUGGUCACCCGAUCCACUUUCGAGUCAUUAAAUCUGUACCAUCUUUUUGCUUGAUGGUGUCUGAUUUAAGCAAUGUAAUGUCCAAUGCCAGCUAG